AUGAAACUUGAUAGAAUAUUAAUAAUUUUAAUCGUCAAUGCGAUAUUUUGGAGUUUAAUUAAUUCUGUUAAAAAUAAUAAAGAUAAAAAUGAGUUAAAUAGAGUUGAGGAAACCUCGAAAAAUAACGAUGAGGCAGAAUCAUCGGUUAAUGCUCAAAUUCAAAUGUUAAAACCACCUAAAAUUACAAAAAAGGGCAAAAAUAAAGAUAAUAAAGAAGAGAAAAAGAUUAAAAGAAAAGAAUAUAUAAAAAUUUACGUAAAAAAUAAUAAAGAAAGGAAGCAAAAAUAUGAUCAGGCAUACCGAAAAAAUAAUAGAGGGAAAAGACAAGAACAUGCUCAAGAAUAUCGUCAAGACAAUAAGGAAAAAAUACUAGAAUAUGCUAGAAAAUAUCGAGAAAAUAAUAAAGAAAAGGUGGCAGAAUACCGUGAAAAUACUAAGGAAAAGAAGCGAGAAUGGAAUCGAAAAUACCGAGAAUCAAAGGAAAAUAAAAAGGCAGAUUUACAAAAUGUUCAUUCUGAUAAUGGAGAAACUUCCGUUAAUACACAGAAUGAUUUUAGAGAUAAAGGUAAAUUGCCUAUCGUUUAUGAAGAGGACAUUCGGUCUGAAGAAGAAAAUCUUAUUAGUCAAGAGGAGGAAGAAGGUAACAAAUACGAAGCAGAAACUUAUGUGAAUGAGCAAAAUCAAAAGGUGGUAGAAGAGCCAAAUAAAAUUCCCGAGAAUUGCAUGAAUCAGAUAAAUUUAAAUGAAUAUCUUUUUGAUCUGAACGAGAAACCUAAGGACGAAGAUGGGGAUUGUUAA